AUGGCGAUGCUCCUGGAGCCCGGGAUGCAGGGUCUCAGGAUGGGUGCCAAGGGCGAGCGGUGCCCCACACCGUCCCCCCCCGGCUCCCCGGGGACGCCCCACGACAGUUGCAGCAUCGCCCCGCUGACGCCCUCCCCGUCACCGGUAAGGCCCCGAGGUUCACGAGCUCCUGUCUGCAGGAAAUGGGAAGGAGGGGACCCGGGGGUGGCCAACCAGAAGACCCCCACCAGCCUCCUGCUGACGCCGGAGGGCACCUUCCACAGCUUCGGCUACACCGCCAGGGACUACUACCACGACCUGGACCCCGAGGAAGCCCGCGACUGGCUCUACUUCGAGAAGUUUAAGAUGAAGAUUCACAGCACCAGCGACCUCACCCUGAAAACAGAACUAGAAGCCGUCAACGGGAAGAAAAUGCAAGCGCUGGAGGUGUUCGCCCACGCACUCGGCUUCUUCAAGCAGCACGCCGUGCAGGAGCUGAAGGACCAGUGCCCAUCGCUGCCGGAGAGGGACGCCAUCCGCUGGGUCAUCACCGUGCCUGCCAUCUGGAAGCAGCCGGCCAAGCAGUUCAUGCGGGAGGCAGCCUACAAGUCAGGGGGGCCCUACGGGGCGGUGGGGGUGGACCUGGCCUUCGAGAAGCUGCUGUGCCACAUUUUCGGGGAGGAUUUCAUCGCCACCUUCAAGGCCAAGCGCCCGGCCGCCUGGGUGGACCUGACCAUCGCCUUCGAGGCCCGCAAGCGGGCGGCAGCCCCCUCCCGCACCAGCCCCCUCAACGUCUCCCUGCCCUUCUCCUUCAUCGACUUCUACCGCAAGCACCGGGGCCAGAACGUGGAGACGGCCCUCAAGAAGAGCAACUUCCUGGUGGGGGGCUUCGCCGAGUCAGCCAUGCUGCAGCGCGCCGUCCAGGCGGCCUUCGGCCCCACCUGCCGCGUCAUCAUCCCCCAAGACGUGGGGCUGACCAUCCUCAAAGGGGCCGUGCUCUUCGGCCUCGACCCCACCAUCGUCCGCGUCCGCCGCUCCCCGCUGACCUACGGCGUGGGGGUGCUCAACAAGUUCGUGGAGGGGAAGCACCCGCAGGAGAAGCUGCUGGUGAAGGAGGGCAAGAACUGGUGCACCGACAUCUUCGAGAAGUUCGUCUCCGUCGACCAGUCCGUGGCGCUGGGGGAGGUGGUCCAGCGCAGCUACUGCCCGGCCCGGCCGGGCCAGCGCAAGACCAUCAUCAACAUCUACUGCUGCGCCACCGACGACGUGGUCUACAUCACCGACCCCGGCGUGCGCAA